AUGUCUUGGGCUGUGCUGCGUUAUUUGCGAACCCAGGGAGUCCCGGGGUUUCAACCGCUUCCCUUGUUCGAUCUGGAUGAUGAGAUCCUUCUAAGGAUUAUGGAGAACAUGCCUCCUAAGUUCUUGCUGCGGACAGUGUCGACAGUGAACAGGAGGCUCCUUACCCUUGCGGACGAUGACAUGCUCUGGCAACAGAAGAUUCGCGAGCUGCCAUGGCAGCUGAAUGAAAAACUUGUUGCGACAUGGUUUCGCAAUCUUGGAAGCAACAAACGGGUAUUCCGGCUCUUGUCCCAGGUCGGCUGGCUUCAUGGAUACUGGGUGUUAGACAACAAGCCGCGAGGAGGGAUGUUGAGGGUCGAGAUUCGCGAAACAGACAUUGUGGCAUCAUUGAUGAUUCCGCACUUAAACGGACACGAUCCCAUGGAAGUUCAACCCAUCCGCAAGUUUGAUAUGAUCACUCCUUUCACGAUGGCUGUAGAGGCUUCAGGUCUGGUGCUGGUUACAUGCGGCAACACUCUUGCAGCAAAGGACUUCUUUGGUUUCACUGGAUCAUCAAACUUGGAUAUACAAGCCAGAGUCAACAUCUUUACUCGUGGAAGCAGCGGAUCUCUGUUCUGCAAGCUUGUUGGCCGUGGGGACAUGAAACACUCUUACCUUUGCCAUGAGAGCAGCCCGUUGAGACAAGAGAUCCCUGCGGCCCCCAAGCGGACGAGAGACAUUCGCCGGCGAACAGGAUACAUGCAGGAUCACUACUCCUCUCCAUCAUAUUCCACCGGUGCUUUGAUGCUCUGCAAGAAUCAAUCCGCAGUCCCUCGACCUGCGAUCAAGGAUCCUUCGGAGUUCGAUCCGAGAGAGCUUCAAGGACUCUGGAGAGGAGCAUACGGCCCUCACGGCACUGAGCUGAUCUGUGUCAGUGUCUGCAACUUGAUCUCGUCAAGAUUCACCGAGCUGGUCGGUCUGAAAUGCACAGGAGAUCCUAACGUUCCCUCUGGCGAGCUAACCUUCCGAGCCCCGCUCAACUGCGAUGCUCCUCUAGUUUCAGAUGCCUCAGAUCCUGGAAUGCUUCCCGUUCCUGGCAUGCCCAACGGAUUGAAGAAGAUGUAUCACUGCACCUGCAACUUCCACUGCGACUGUCCGAGAUCAUGCAGAGGAAGCAGAGACGAUGCCAUCCCCGUGAAGGCUGUGUACGAUGGUCUGGCGUUGGUUGCGGAGCAUGGUUUUGUUAACCCGACAUGGAACUCGGGGAUGGUUGUAGUUUUGGAUGAUAACAGCGGCGAUAUGCUUCUUGUUUGGAAAGGAUUGUUUUCUGUCAGGUUUCAAAGGAUGAACGAUCAGAGCUGGAAUCAGUACGUUCAUGAGCACGUGGAAGGACAAACUAUGCCAUGUCAUGAAACUCUUGAAGUAGCUGCGGCUCUUGACGCCAUGGAUAUUGACAACUAGAGGACUAACGGAAAGAGCCUGUACAUAUAGUUAUUCGUUUUGCUUGUUGAUGGAUUCAAUAAUACGAUGUGUUG